AUGUUUAUCAUAGUUGUUGCUUUACUGCUGUUGGCAGCUUUCACUAAGGUCCAAUCAGAAUGUAACAUAAUGCAGGUAAAGGUUGAAGUUGAGGGAAAACUUCUGUGUAGAAAACAACCAGCUUCACAAAUACUUGUCACCCUACUCGAUGUUGCAAAUGGACAGGACGAAAUUUUAAGCUGGACAACAACAAAUAUGAGAGGAGAAUUUCAUCGUUUGUAUGGUCAAAAACUUAAUACAACCAGAUUUAAACCGUACGUAAAAAUAACACAUAAAUGUAACGAUGAAUAUGCGGAUGGAUUCCGAGUUAUCAAGUUCGAAAUUCCCAAAUCUUUUAUUGGCCGUACCACAUGUGACUCUUAUCACGUUGCAAAACCACACGAUAUUGGCGAAAUUGAACUUGCCUAUUUCUAUUCAGUAAAUUUUUCUAUGCAUUUUACUACACAGUUCAAUUUAAUAGUUAUGUUGUUAUAG